GCAACGUGAUUGGGUCGGAAAUAUCCGCUGCAGUAAAUAUAGUAGUGUGCCAUGACGGAAGGAGUGGGAUUUAAUUAUAAGGUACCCAGUGCUGACAAAGUGCCAGAAAUUUAUGAUGACGCGAUGCUCGAAAUGAGUGAUUUUUUUCAAAACAUCGCCAAGGAACUGGGCGAGGACGAAUUCAUUCGGGAGCAAAGUAUUCAACAGUUGCGAGAAUGGAUAGCAAAACAUCCGCACAUUAAACGUUGCAGAACGGAUGCCCCAUUCUUGUUGCGAUUCCUGCGAGCUAAAAAGUACUCCUUCAUUAACGCAGCAAAAACAUUGGAAUCCUUUCUAACAGCCAGAACAAAGCAUAGACAGUGGUUCAACAAUUUCGAUAUAGACGAUCCAGCCCUCGCGGAUCUGGUUGACACGUCGUAUUUGUUUCCGCUGCCACGGCUGGACUCGAAGGGACGUGUAGUUUUUUUCAUCUGCUCGUCUAAAUUUAAUCCUGCCAAACAUACUAUUAUCAGCCCUAUCCAGCUGAUUCACAUGAUGGGGGAGAUCUAUUAUGAAACGCAGGAAAUCUCAUGCGCCGGAUGUGUGUGGAUUUUCGACAUGGAAAAGACUGAUAAGAGAGUGCUAGGAAUGAUCACCGUUCAGGACAUUCGAACGUUGACGGAUUUGGUGAACACGGCUGCCGCAGCACGGAUCAAAGAGCUGCAUUUUAUUAACACACCGGCGGUUUUCCGGACCAUCGCCAAUCUGAUACUGCAGCUGAUGAGUGAGAAGAUUCGCAGUAGAGUGUUUUGUCACCCAUCGUUGGAGGAUCUGCACUCUAAGAUGGAUAAAUCACUGCUGCCGAAGGAGUUUGGUGGAGAACUACCCAUGGCCGAAUUGACUGCCAACUAUAAGAAAUUGUGUCGGAAGAUGCGACCGCGAUUGCUUGCGAUGAAUGAUAUGGAAAUCGAGCUGGUUGACAAUCCGAACGAUAUCUGGACAAAUUAUUCGGGAAGGCUGGAGGAUGGAGCUAUCGGAUCCUUCCGGAAACUUCAAGUUGAUUAG